GUGGCGCAAAUGUGGUGGUGAGGCGAAAAAGUAACACAAGCCCGGUAAAUAGAGCUCGGAUCUACACUGGAGUUGGGCGAUUGAUUGCUUCGGCCUGAUGACGUAUUUUGACAGCGCCCGUGGUGGCUUUCUGGCGACGGCGUCGGUGUGCAAUGGCGCCAGUGAGGCCUGCUGCGAGGGGGCGGAAGGGAAGUUUUGGGACGCAGGACGAAGGAAUUUCUGCGGUCGGAUUCAAGAAUAAGAACGUGAAACAGAAGACGUGGCGACCUAACCAUCGGCAGCCCUUCGUGGGGAGCGUUCGCGAGGGACAAGGUUUUGCAUUUCGAAGAAAAUUGAAGAUUCAGCAAAAUUACAAGAAAUUGCUAUGGAGGGAAAAGAAGGCUCAAACUUCACAGGAUUCCCAAUUCACAGAUCGAUAUCCAGAUCAUCUGAAACAUCUCUAUUUAGCUGAAGAGAAAAGACUCAGGAAGCAACUUAGGAAAGUUAACCAGCCUUUGCUAAAACAAAUUAAUCAGGCUUUGCCAGCAGAACAGUGUAACGUUGACCCGGCUUUAUCAGAAGAACAUGGUAGCAUUGACCAGCCUCAACUAGAAGAACAAUGUAAAGAAGAAAGGGUAAACUUUGUUACAAUUCCAAAGAAAAAUAAAAAGAAAACAUCAAAUCAAAAAGCACAAGAAGAAUAUGAACAAAUACAAGCUAAGCGUGAUGCUAAGAAACAAGAAUUUGAGAGGAGAAAGCAAGAGAGAGAAGAAGCUCAAAGACUCUACAAAAAGAAGAAAAUGGAAGUGUUUAAAAUAUUGAGCAAAAAAACUAAAAAGGGCCAACCAAACUUAAAUUUACAGAUGGAGUAUCUUCUUAAAAAAAUACAAGAACACAAUUAAAUUGGACAUCUUGUUCUCAAAAUCAAGGGUUAAAAGAUCUGUCUAUCAAGGUCCUUUGUAUAUGUAAUAUACUUUCUAACAAUUCACUACAUUUGUCAACAUAAACUGGAUUGCUUUGCUGUGCUGUGCUAUGCUAUGCUAGAUGUAAAGUAUCCAAAUAUUUUUAUUCAUAUAAAGGAAAAUUUUCUCUAUGUCCUCUACGUAAUAUGAUUUGCUUGUUACUUAUUUGGCCAUGAAGAAAAGGUGGCCUGAAUAACUGAAAGAACCUUCUAUUUGCAUUACAGGUUCAAGUGUUCAGUACUUUCAUGCCCCAUAAAAUUCAGAUGAAAUAAAAUGUUUGAAAAUAAGGGAGCAGAGCUUUCAAUGGAGCAUUACCAUGAAGGUUUUCAGUUUAGUAAUCAACUGUUAACAGUUUUAAAAUUCAUUUUAGUAAUAGAGGCAAAGACUGUCUUGGACUUAACUUAUUUUAAAAUUAAGCACAUGUUACUGGGGAAUGGACUUUUUGAAACUUGAGAGCACUGUGCCUGAGUGCUGAAACUGCCUUCUGCCCCCGCCGUUUAACAGUGGGGUCUUCAUAAAGCAGAGUUUGGGGUAACAACUCAGAAAGCCUGAUGUUUAUAAACAUUCCAAAACUGUGCAUACAUAGUUUGUUAGUGUCCGAUGCUGAGAGCCCAGCAGUGUCACAGCAAGAAUUGAGCUUUCCAGACCCCUUCACCAUGUAAGAACACUCACUGGAGCAUUCCUGGUCUCUGUCAGUGCACUGGUGAGCUGAGACAAAGUGCUUUAGUACUGCUCCUGCCAUCUUGCAGUCUACAAAAUGAGAAAGGCUUGACUGUCAUUUUAGAUAGUUGAUUGUACAAUGAUACUUGUAAAACAUUGCAUAAUAAAGUUUUUAAGAUAUUA